AUGGUGACCAUGAUCAAGUCCAUGAAGUUCACACUCACAGAAAUCCUAAUCGACAUAUUUAUGAUAUUGUUUGUACAUGUGCAAGCAAAACUGCUGGAUUCCGUUUGUGAUUUUAGCGGUAGAUGCGUGUGGGAUGGUGGUGGGUGGUACAGGGGGUGCAUUGAUGACACCCCCUUUCUUUCGUUUGACCGCUUUGACAGUGAUGGAAUUUUGGACCUCCGGUGUACACAUAGUGUUCAAGUUGUUUCUAUUGAAAUUACAACAUUAAGUUGCAGGGACAUGGAUCAACAUGUCAUUACAAACAACGAUAUUACAUUUUAUUUGGGAGAGUCCAAAACCGAAUGUCAUGUCUCUUCCUCCUCGACUGAGACCUCCCGCCCCAUCGAUAUCCAGAGCACCAGCAACAGUGAGCAGGCCUCCAAAUCUGACACGGUCCGUCCCACCACACCGCUGACUAGGGGCACAGGGAAUAGUAAGCAUGCCUCCAAAUCUGACACCGCCCGUCCCACCACACCGCUGACUAGGGGCACAGGGAAUAGUAAGCAGGCCUCCAAAUCUGACACGGUCCGUCCCACCACACCGCUGACUAGGGGCACGGGGAAUAGCAAGCAGGCCUCCAAAUCUGACACCGUCCGUCCCACCACAUCGAUGAUUAGGGGUACAGGGAAUAGUAAGAUUUCUACAGAAGCAUCAGCCAGCUCAACUAAAGGAAUUGUAGACCCAUUGUCUACACCUACUGUUUUGAACAAUAAUUUGGUCAUGAUGUCAGAUAAUUUGGUCGUGAAGUCAGAGGUGAGGACCUUGCAUCCAUCUUGUCCUGAAGAUCCAGUAUCUGAUAUCAAUUCUACUGAAAAGAAACAGACAAUUGGGAAUUCUUACCCUGUAAAUGAGAAAGAAGAAAAUUGGCAUCAGAAAAAUAUAAAGAGAAAAAACUCGAAAAAGGCAGUUCGUUCAUCCAGAUCACAUACUGAAAAUGUGUCACAUACUAAAAGUAAUCGGGAAAAGUUAAACAACUAUAGAGCUAAUGACAAUCAAACAGAGAAGUUAGAAAGACACACCAAUGUAAGUAAAAAGCCUCAUGAAUGUCAAGUCUGCAGGAAAACUUUCAGUUUUUUAUGUUUCUUACAGACACACACGAGAACACAUACAGGUGAUAAACCUUAUAAAUGUGAUGUGUGUGAGAAGGCAUUCUCUGAAUCAGGACAAUUAACAAAACACAUGAGGAUACAUACGGGUGAGAAACCGUAUGAAUGUGAUGUUUGUGGGAAGGCAUUCAGGCAAUCAUGUAACUUACAGUCACAUGUGAGGAUACAUACAGGUGAUAAACCCUAUGAAUGUGAUGUGUGUGGGAAAGCAUUUUCUGGAUCAGGAUCAUUAAAGAAACACAUGAAUAUACAUGCUGGUGAGAAACUUUAUGAAUGUGAUUUGUGUGGUAGAUCAUUUUCUGAUUCAGGUAGUUUACAGAUACACAUGAGGACACAUACUGGUGAGAAACCUUAUGAAUGUGAUCUGUGUGGUAAAUCAUAUUCUGAUUCACGUACCUUACAGAAACACAUCAAGAGACAUACUGGUAAUAGACCUUAUAAAUGUGAGUUGUGUGUGAGAGCAUUUUAUGAAAAAUCACAUUUGAAUAGACACAUGAGGAUGCACACAGGUGAAAAACGUUAUAAAUGUGAAGUGUGUGAAAAGGCUUUCUCUUCAUCAGGAGGCUUACGGAUUCACUUGAGGAUACAUACCGGUGAUAAACCUUAUGGAUGUGAUGUGUGUGGGAAGGCAUUCGCUGAAUCAUGUACCUUAAAGAAACACAUAAAUAUACAUAAUGGUGAAAAGCCUUAAAAAUGUGAUUUGUGUCCAAGAGCAUUCACUGAAUUACAUUGUUUUUGGAGUCACACAAGGAAGCAUACAGGUGAUGAACCUGAUAAAUGUGAUGUAUGUGGGAAAACAAUCGGGCAGUAAGGUACCUUGCAGAGACAAGUGAUGACACAUACAGAUGAUAAACCUCAUAAUUUUAAUGUGUAUGGGAAGGCAUCUAACAACAAAAAACUUGCAUAGACACAUAAGUAUAUAUACAGAUGAUAAACCUUAUAAAACCGAAGUGUGUGAGAAGGCAUGUAUCCUUUUAGGUAACUUUUAAAAGCAUAAAUGGAUACGUAGAAACUUUGUGGAUGUGGUGUGUGUAGAAAGGCAUUCAGAUGAUUAGCUCACUUAAUGGUACAGAUUAUGACACAUACUUGAUGAACUUUACAAGUGUGAUGUGUGUAGAAAGACUUUUAAGCAAUUGUUUGAAAUGAAGAGACACAUGAGGACACAUACAGGUGAUAAACCUUAUGAAUCAGUGUGUUGGAAGGCUUUCGCUGCAUCAUGUAACUUUAAGAAACACAUGAGGACACAUGUAUACAGGUGAUUAACGUUAUAAAUGUGAUUUAUGCUCGAAGGCUUUUACUUCAUCGAGUAACUUACAAAAACUCUAGAGGGCACGUACAGGUGGUAAAACUUUCAGUGUGAUGUCUGUUGGAUGGAAUUUCUAGACUAGGAGACUUUAAGAAACACAAGGAAAAAAAUUCAAUCCAAAGAAAUUCCAAUUUCGAUGUGUAUGGAUAAUAGUUUAAUGUGAAAGUUCUAGUAUAUGCGAGGGAUAGUCAAAGGUGGAAAGCAAAUUAAAUAUUUGUGUAACGUAUAUAUGAAAUCAGUAUAAGACACACUUAAGGAACACAUGAGGAACAUGAGCAUAAUUGAAAAUGUGAUUUGUUUCAGAUAGUUAUUGGUCAACUGAUGGAACAGAAAGCCUACAGAUCUUCUACAUACAUGUACCAUCAAACAUAUGUGAAUGCAAAACCAAUGAUAAGUUAAUAUGGGCAGGGAGUUGUGUCAUGCAGUUUGUCAAUAUAAGUGUGAAGAAAAGUAAUGAUAAAAAAUAUCAAAACGA